CCGAGCCGAGAGGAUCCCCCCGCUCCAGGCAGCCACCAGGAUGGCCGAGGAGGUGACCACUGUCCCCAUGGAGACACACACUGUCCCGAGUGAGUACAGCGACUACCACAACCUGUCCGAGCUGUUCUACCUCCUGAACCACACCUACACCUUCUGCGAGUUCAGCCUGGACGAGAACAUCAAACGAGUCGUUCUCUUCAUCCUCUACCUGGUCAUCUUCGUGGUGGGCUUGGUGGAGAACCUCCUCGUCAUCUGGGUCAACUGGCAGACAAGGGGCACCAAGAACUUGGUCAACCUGUACAUCAUCAACAUGGCCAUCGCCGACCUGGGCGUGCUGCUCUCGCUGCCCAUCUGGAUGCUGGAGGUGAUGCUGGAUUACACCUGGCUCUGGGGCAGCUUCCUCUGCCGCUUCACCCACUACUUCUACUUCGGCAACAUGUACGCCAGCAUCUUCUUCCUCACCUGCCUGAGCGUGGAUCGCUACGUGACCCUGACCAGCUCCUCUGUCUUCUGGCAGCGGCACCAGCACCGCGCGCGCCGCGCCGUCUGCGCCUGCUGCUGGCUCCUGGCCGCCGCCGUCCCUGUGCUGGAGGUGGCCCACAUGCAGCUGGUCAACACUGGGGAGCCCAUCUGCAUCUUCAUGGCUCCUUUUGAGACGUACGACGAGUGGGCUCUGGCGGUCAGCUUGGCCACCACCACCGUCGGCUUCCUCAUCCCCUUCCCCGUCAUCGCGGCGUUCAACGUGCUGACGGCGCGCUUCAUCCGGCGCGCCAAGCCCGAGAGCCGCAAGCACUGCCUGCUCAUCUACGCCUACGUCGGGGUGUUCCUGCUCAGCUGGCUGCCCUUCCACGUGGUGCUGACCCUGCUGACCCUCGAGGGCAACCACCUCAUCCUGCACUGCACCUUCGCCCACCUCCUCUACUUCUUCUACGACAUCAUCGACUGCUUCACGCUGCUGCACUGCGUCGUCAACCCCAUCCUCUACAACUUCCUCAGCAAGAACUUCCGCAGCAAACUCAUCUCCGCCGUGGUCAAGUACAUCCCCAAGGACCACGGUGGCCAGAAGGGAGCUGGGAAUUCCUCCUCCAGCACGCAGCACUCCAUAGUCAUCGCCAAGGACAACAGCCCUCCCAACUAAAGAGGGUCAGACUCUCCCGACUUCCAUCCUGGUGGCUCCAUCCCGGGGACAGUGGGAUUGGUUUUCCUGCUGCUGAGGACACGAUUUGCUUGGGCACCUCCCGUGCCAGGCUUGAGGAGAGCUGGGAGCUAUGGACAUCUUGCCCUGGAGCGCUGUUGUGUUCAACCUGAAGGAAGGAUAAGAGAAAAUUAUAUUCCCCGUUUGAUAAGAACAUUAUAUUCCCUUGCAAUAAUAAAGUUUGCUACUCCACUCAGUGUCUGACCCAGCCCCAAGAUCAGAGCCCCAUCCUGUGCCCCCAAGCUGUGGGGUUGGGGUGCAGCAUCUGCCCCACCAAGGGUGUUCCUGCACCCCCAAACUGCCCUGGGCAUGGCACUGCCUGGUUUGUGCCAUCCCGAGUGGGAGAGGAGGAAUUUGGAUCACAAACCUCCCUCCACAGUGCCCAGCAACACCCAGAGCCUGAUUUUUUGAGAGAUGAAGGCCAAGCAGCCCAAGGGGCUGAGCAGGGCACAGACCUGAGGGAGGGGAGGAACAAUUUGGAUUGGAGAUCAGCCACUCCUUCAGAGCAGUUUUGCAAACCCAGCUGUACAUUUUUUACCAAUUUUAAAUUAGCGAUGGCUAAACUGGGUUUUACUGGGAAAGGCUGCUCAGACUUAACUUUGGGUCCCCCACCCCAUUAACUCCUCUGGAGCACCCCCUGGAGGGUUUUCAUGGCCACUGGGUGGAUUCCUCAGCCCCAACAAGCCCCAAAAUCCCUUCCCCUUCCACCAAAGCCGCUGUUGGGAGCACAGGGAUGUGCAGAAAUCCUCAGAGCUGGGUUUGUGCCGUGCAAGGAACUGGAGAACGCGGAGAAAGUUCAUCCUUGUGUGGAUGCUGAUCUCAGUCACGCGCUGGGGUCAGGCCUUUGCUGGGGGAAGGUGACAGAGGGACCAUAAAUCUCCCGAAGGCCUUGAGCUGCUGGAGGAACUCUUGUUGGAAAAAAAAAAAGCAGAGCAUCAGCAGUUCUGGGGACAGGAUGCUGGCUCAGGGCUGGGAGCAGGAUGUCCCAGGAGAAGCCCGUGACCAGGAUGUGGGGUUAUCACAAAGCCACUUCCAGGGGUCCCUGAUGGGGGGAAAAAAACCUGAAAUUCCUCAGAAUUCCUUCUGCAGGGAUGUUCCUUUUUAUCCCACUGGGAAUAAUCCAAAUCCAGGCUCCAGCAGGGUCAGAAUUCCCGGCUCAGGAAUUCCCUGCUCUGCUCCUGUGACACCCCCAGGCUGAGAUCUGCACCCCACCACCUUCAUUCCCUCAUCCCAAAUUCCCCCUGAGCUUCCUUUUGUUAAUUCCCUCCCAUCCCCAAUGAAGAAAUGGACGAUAAACCCAAAACCAGCCACUCACCAGGGCAAAAAUAUAUUCAAGACAUUUCAAUGCGUAAAAUUUGGUAUUUCACCUAAUAAACUUAAUUUUUUAACUGUC